GUUUAGUUUCUUUUUCAGAUAUACACCAUUGCAAUCUGCCUGAGGAAUCAAAAAGGGGAGCUAGCUAUAUCUAGGCCAAUGAAGAGGAACAAUUUCAUGAAAGACUACACUCACACUUGUGCCAACAACAACCCAUCAAAAGACUUCACCCAUGUUGUCAACUGUUACAACAACAAGCAGAACCAGAUGGCUAAAGACUUGUGGGAGUGCAGCACCAACUCUCACAGCAAUGCAGAUCAGGACUAUGUCAAUGGCUUCCCUUGGCCUCCAAGAUCAUACACUUGUAGCUUCUGCAGGAAGGAGUUCAAGUCUGCUCAGGCUCUUGGUGGCCACAUGAAUGUUCAUAGGCGGGAUAGAGCAAGGUUGAGACAGUCACCCCCAGCUGAAGGUCAAGCAGCCCAUAUGUUCAACCUUAACCUUGACCCUACCACAACAAACCCUAACAACUCAACCUCAUCUUGGUCCUCGUUACCACCAUCUUCAUCUUCUGCAACUCUCAAACCUGUCACUUGCACAUUACCCUUGUUUGUUUCUCCCACUCCUCCUUCACCUUCUUCUGACUUGAAGAGAUGGGUUCUUGUGGAUGGCAUUCUGUUGAACCCUUUGAGCACAAACACCCCAGAGCCCGCUAAGUCAAAGAUUCCAGAAUCUUUAUCAGCCGGGGCUGGAGAAUAUGAUCAUGCUUUUGCAAGAGAAGAUGGGUUCACAGUGUUGAAGAAAGGAGAAAUUCUGAGGAUGGACUUGGAGAUAGGUUUGCCUAGAACUUAUGAUUUAGAUCUGGAGCUUCGUUUGGGUACUACUUACUCUUAGGCCACACUCACACGGAUAGGUAUGAAGCAACCAGCAUAUGUAGUAGUUGUUAACUAGUUAUCAUAUUUCUCUAUGUUAAUUUACUAGUUAAUGUUGGCAUGCAGCAAGAAGAUUGGAUGAUUAUUAACUUGAAGUAGGGUCGUAUCAAAUGGAAAUGUAUCUAUACUCGCCAUCUUCAACAUAAUAGCUAGCUAGAUUCUAUGUGUCUAUGAAGGCUUUCACUUCCUUUACUCAAUAGUUACGGGUGAAAAGCUUAAUCUUAACUUAGUUUAGCAUCUUGUUUUAUGCUACCUUUUUCUGUCAAAUUUUCAAUCAGAAAUGAUUAUGUUUUGGACGUGCAUGAAUUAGUAUCUUUCACAUGUUGAUGAU